UUUUUGCAGAGUCAUGAGAAGAAAAUAAAAUAAAUGAAACCCUAAAGGAGAUUUAAUGGAAGUUGCAUUCUGAAACUUUGCUAAAACAUUUAUGCCUAGAUCUCACAUUGACUUAUUGUGUUCCAUUUUAUUUAUUACUACUUCAGUUUUCUUUACUCGGUCUUAAAAAGUUUGUAAAAGUGCUACAUAAGUAUCCAAUUGGCUAUAAUGAUAUCAUAUUAUGCAUUCUUUGUAUUAUUGUUCUUCUCCUCGAAACGCUCUAAACUUCAGAGGGUCUCUUUAAAGGUGGUCCAGCCCCUCCAUCAGUCAGUCACACGGAGUUCAGCUCAGUUUCUCUUCACACAUCUGUCGGAGUCCGCUAGAGACCCGCGCAGCUUCUCUCCAGUAAUGAGAAGAUCGUUGUCAGCUUUUACCAGGAUUCUGCUGCUUUCUGAAUGCUGCGUUACAGAGAAGAGUCUGUCUGUUCCCGUAACGGAGCUAUAUUGUGCGUGCACGAGGACUUCCCGUGUAACCUCACUGCUUUAGAUCCGUGCUUGUGAGGAGAGACUAUGUGUUCUUCAGGAUGGGGGCGAACAAUGGCAAACAGUGUGGAAGUGAAGGCAAGGGUAGCUCCAGUAUCUCCUCCGAUGUGAGCUCCAGCACUGAUCACACGCCCACCAAAGCUCCCAAGAAUGUGGCUACCAGUGAAGAUUCGGACCCGAGCAUGAGGACGCUUAGCACUCCCAGUCCCGCUCUCAUUCUGAAGCCAAACCCUCCUCAAACAGUCCCAAACGGCCAUGAAACCUCGUCCACGUCUUUUACCGUCACUGGCGAAACAGUGGCGCUGGUACACGCGCCUCCAGGAUCUCGCUCACAUCCUUCCAGAGUCCCCCCCAGCGCCCUCAUCGACGCCCUGCCCGACCCCGUGUUAUUACAGGUGCUGUCUUACCUGUGCACCCCUCAGCUGUGCCGCUGCGCUCGAGUGAGCCGCCGCUGGUAUAACCUGGCCUGGGACCCGCGGCUCUGGAGCACCAUCCGUCUGACCGGAGAGCUGCUGAGCGCUGACCGAGCCCUCAAAGUGCUCACCCAUCGCUUGUGUCAGGACACUCCCAACGUGUGUCUGACCCUGGAGACGGUGGUGGUCAGCGGCUGCCGGAGACUGUCUGAUCGAGGGCUGCGUGUGGUCGCUCAGUGCUGUCCAGAGCUGCGGCGUUUGGAGGUUGCGGGCUGCUAUAAUGUGUCCAACGAAGCAGUGUUUGAUGUGGUUUCCCAGUGUCCCAAUCUGGAACAUCUAGACGUGUCAGGCUGCCCUAAAGUGACCUGUAUCAGCUUGACAGAGGAGGCGACUCUACAGCUCACACCUCUACAUGGACAGCAGAUCGGCCUGCAGCACCUGGACAUGACAGACUGUGUAUCACUGGAGGAUAAAGGCUUGAGGACCAUUGCAUUUCAUUGUCCGCGUCUCACACACCUCUACCUGCGGCGCUGCAGCCGGCUAACAGACGAGGCCCUGCGACAGCUAGCACUGCACUGCACUGCUUUACGUGAGCUUAGCCUUAGCGACUGCCCUCUGAUUGGAGACUUUGGCUUACGUGAGGUCGCUCGCCUUGAGGGCCGUUUACGCUAUCUGAGUGUGGCGCAUUGUAUGCGCAUAACAGACGUUGGACUGCGUUAUGUAGCACGUUACUGUCCGCGGCUCCGCUACCUGAACGCGCGGGGAUGCGAGGGGCUAACAGACCAAGGUUUGAGCCACUUAGCUCGCAACUGCUCCAGAUUGCGGUCUAUAGAUGUUGGCCGCUGCCCGCUGGUGUCAGACGCCGGGUUGGAGGUGUUAGCACGCUGUUGUGAAGGGCUACGAAGGCUGAGUCUGAGGGGCUGUGAGAGUUUGACAGGGAGAGGGCUCAUGGCGCUAGCAGUGGGAUGUCCCGAGCUGCAAUUACUUAAUGUACAGGAGUGUGAGGUGCCACCUGAGGCACUUCGACUGGUCCGACAGCACUGCAGACGCUGUGUUAUCGAACACACUAUACCUGCUUUCUACUGAGGGGACAGGUUGGGGACGCCAGAGGGGUCGACCUCUUAGAAAAACAGAUGUUUAUACUUUUUGUAUUCCUAUGACUGCCUGAUGAGAUGCAACAAGGUGGAUAUGUCUCAAAACAUGGUACUGGGGUGCUUAGUCCAGGGGUCACCAAACUUGAUCCAAAUUUGCCUCAAUACACCUGCCUGGAAGUUUCAAGUAUACCUAGUAAGACCUUGAUUAGCUUGUUCAGGUUAGGGUUGACGCUAAAACUCCUCUUUUUCUUGCUCCUUCAUCCUCCAUCCUAUGACUUUGGCUGCGUUCCAGUUCACUUUUGUUAUAACCUUCACUCGCUAACUUCCUUCCAGCUCAUUACUCGGAUGAACAUCAUUGAUUACGUUGCACGAGUACCCACUACCGGCUGAAUGGAAUGGGCUGAAUUGGAACAUCCUAAGCCCUUCAUCACUUAGAAUAUGCUAUGGAGUUGGUUUACUGUUAACACGUUUCCCCUUACAAAAUAGUUUGGUGAAGAAUUCUAUAUGUAUAAAAAAAUUCAAAAAUGGUUGCAGGGAUUCCCUCGAGGGCAAGUGCAUAGGGAAGUUUGUUAGUGCAUGUCUAAAAGUGAACUGGAAUGCAGCCUUGUCCUUCUCUCAUCCUGAGGGGUUGGAGCUAAGACACAAGGAAAGGAAGUGAGGAAAGGAAAGAGGAUGCACAAAUAAGAAUUGAGAAGCACCCCUGCACUCCAGGGCCGAGUCUGGUGACCCCUGACUUGAUAAGGACCCCUUUGCCCUGGAAUGCCACUCAUGCAGAGUCUAGCUCCAACACACCUGACCAAAAGUAAUCUAGUAAUCCUGACUGUAAUUGGUUGGUUCAGAUGUGUUUAAAUUGGGUUGGAGCUAAACUCUACAGGACAGAGGCCUUCCAGGAGAAGGACUGGACAUUCUUUACCUAGUUAAUCAAUUUGCUGUCUACUGCAGUGUUUCCUAACCCUGUUGCUGGAGGCAGACCGACAGUACAUUUGGAAUGUCUCCCUACUAACAAGCAAAUGAGUUUGAAUUAGAUUUGUAAUUAUGAAGAGUUUGAAAAUGUGUUCCGUGUCUUCACAAACAAGUAUGGGAAACACUGGUCUUCUGCCGAAAUUCUGUCAACCCCUGCUCCUGAAGGAUCAAUGUUGUGCAGAGUUUAGCUCCGACACACCUGUCCAGACAUUUCUAGUAAUACUAAAGACCUUGAUUAGCUUGUGUUUAAUUCAUGUUGAAGCUAAACUCUGCAGGACAGUGGCCCUCCAGGUGCAGAAUAGGUCACACCUGACCUAGUGAGUCAACUUGUUAUCUACUGCAGUGUUUUCCAAUCCUGUUUCUGGUGGCAAUCAAACAGUAAACAUUUUGGGGGUCUCCUUUAUCUGACCCAUCCCCUUCAAGUCUAGUAGUCACUACUAUCAAGCUGAUGAGUUUAUUCAGAGAUCUUUGAUUAGGAAGAGUUUGAAAUUCUGGCGCAACUCACUGCUUCUGGAGGAUCACUGUCCUGUGGUCCUACAGGAGCAGACAUGUCACCUCUGACCUUAUGAAUCAGUUCGUUGUCUACUGCAGUGUUUCCCAACCCUGUUUUUGGAGGCACACCAACAGUAGACAUUUUGGAUGUCUCCUUUAUCCGACCAUCCAUUUCAAGUCUUGGAGUCUCUACUAAUGAGCUGAUUAGCAGACAAGCUUGAUUAUCUUGUUCAGAUGUAUUUAAUUUGGGUUGGAGAUAAACUUUAAUGGGAAGUGGCCCUCUGGGAGCAGGAUUGGACACCCCUGACCUAUUGAGUUAAUUUGCUGUCUCCUACAGUGUUUUCUUACAUUGUUCCUUAAGGCACACCACCAGUGCAAUUUUGGAUGUCUCCCUUGGGGACUUGGGAGACACUGGUUCCUGCCUACUCUGGGGUCUCAAACUUUGCUCCUAGGGGAGACUGUCAGCAGAGUUUAGCUCCAACACACCUGGGGCCCGUGUCACUAAGGAGGUUCAACCAACUCUUAGUUGACUUACCCUGAGAUGAGAAGCUCUGAGUUUUC